AGACAGACCAUGACAAAGUUCUGUCAAGAGCAUUUGGCUCCAAAGGCCCAACAGAUUGACCAGGAAAAUGAAUUCAAAGGCAUGCGGGAGUUCUGGAAGAAACUUGGGGAACUGGGAGUUCUGGGGAUCACAGCUCCUGUGGAAUAUGGUGGAUCUGCUUUGGGGUAUCUGGACCACGUGCUGGUGAUGGAGGAAAUUUCUCGUGCAUCAGCAGCUGUUGGGCUUAGUUAUGGUGCCCACUCAAACCUUUGUAUCAACCAGCUAGUGCGUAACGGCAAUGAGGCCCAGAAAAACAAGUACUUGCCCAAGCUAAUCAGUGGGGAGCACAUUGGAGCCUUAGCAAUGAGCGAACCCAAUGCUGGAUCUGAUGUUGUGUCCAUGAAGCUGAAAGCAGAUAAGAAAGGAGACUACUUUGUUUUGAAUGGGAACAAAUUUUGGAUCACCAACGGGCCAGACGCAGAUGUUCUCAUCGUUUAUGCUAAAACUGACAUUAAUGCUGUUCCAGCCUCCCGAGGUAUAACUGCGUUCAUUGUGGAGAGGGGAAUGCCAGGUUUCAGCACAGCCCAGAAGCUCGAUAAGCUGGGAAUGAGAGGGUCUAAUACCUGUGAAUUGAUCUUUGAAGACUGCAAGAUCCCCGCUGAAAACGUGUUGGGGAUGCUCAGCAAAGGAGUCUACGUUCUGAUGAGCGGAUUGGACCUGGAGAGACUCGUGCUGUCUGGUGGGCCGCUGGGGCUCAUGCAAGCUGUUCUUGACCACGCAAUUCCAUACCUACAUGUAAGAGAAGCAUUUGGACAGAAAAUUGGCCACUUCCAGCUCAUGCAGGGCAAAAUGGCUGAUAUGUACACACGGCUGAUGGCGUGUCGGCAGUAUGUCUACAACGUGGCAAAGGCCUGUGACCAGGGCCAUUUCAAUGCAAAGGACUGCGCUGGGGUGAUCCUGUAUUCAGCAGAGUGUGCUACCCAGGUGGCUCUGGAUGGGAUUCAGUGUCUGGGUGGGAACGGUUACAUCAAUGACUAUCCGAUGGGGCGUUUCCUGCGUGAUGCCAAGCUGUAUGAGAUAGGGGCAGGCACCAGUGAAGUGCGCAGACUUAUCAUUGGCAGGGCGUUUAAUGCCACUUUUAAGUAACGUCCACCAGUGGAGAGGCAGCACCCUGACCACCACGAGGCCUUUGACCAUAGAGGCUGGAGCGCACAACUCUUUUUCUUCCUGCUUGUGAUUCUGGGAUCAUCACUUGUGGACUCUUUUCUGCCUGCUCUGUGACGAGAUGCUGUUGGACUGGGCUUUGACAGAAUGAAUCAGACCAUAGCAUGGAAGGAAAAGUGUUUUUUUUCCCUUCUUGUGAUCAUCCUGAUUCAUCCUGUCCGUAAGCCAUCCUGAUUCUCAGCGUUACAGAGCCGAGGUUCAUCCAGGGGAUGCAUCACCAUCGAAGCAGGCUGGUGAGCUGUGUGCCUGGAACAAGAGGCAGCCAUUACUGAGCACAGAAAGUCAACACCCCCCACCCCCUCCCCCCACAAAAAAAAUGGACAAUGAGGGAAGAAUUUUGCUCUUUUAAGAAAAACUGAGUGCCAUUAAAUAGCUAGCAUUUAGCGUAGUACCACUGGAAGGUGAAAUUUCCCAUUGUGACCUUCCGAUGGGAUUAAUAGCUUCCAUUUUGGGAACCCGACGCCAACCACAUCAUGGGGGUGGCCGUGAUGGCCACUCGAGCAUCAUCGAUGCACAAGGAGUGUUUUAGGUGAUGAUUCCUAAAACCUCGUUAAAAUAACACGUUUCUUUGCAUACUUCCUUUCCUAUUCCUGCUGCUUCUCAAGAUAUUUCAGUGCAGCCCCAAGUCUUUGCUGCUCUGAUUGACUGCCUCCCGCUGUGUUAUUCAUUCAGAGGUGUCACCAUCCAUCAUUCUGGGAACAGUUAAAAUGUCAGACCUGUAUUGUGACAUCUGUGAAUGAAGCAGGCAGGAGGAGGUUGACUUUUUGGGUUGGGGUUAUUUGUUUUUUUUUUCUGAAGGUUGUUCUUUUGGCAAAAGCAUCUACUCACACUCCACCUUCGGUUGGCUAGAGAAGUCGGAGUGAGCGCAGCAGUAUUUGUGGGUGUUUUCAGUGCAUAUUAUAUACAGCAAAUUGAAGUUUACCUAGGUUUAUUAAAGAAAAUUGCACACUAUACUGCCAGCCUUAAAGAGUGAAUCACAAAGAAAAAUUGGAUGUUGUAAAUAUGACAGAACAAUUGAUUAAACAGUUGCCAUGUAGGCAACCUCCCAGCAGUUUUAACAAAAAAGAGCUUAAAGCUUUGUGUAUUUUUUUGGUUGUAGUUGCCAUCUGUCUAUACUAGGUGACAGUAGACUAAUACAGAAUUUUAAAAUG